UCGCGGCCCUGACGGCGCCGCGCUGGCGUCAUAAGGGCGCGCCCUCGCGCUGUAGUAGCCGCAAUCUGCGACGGGACCUGGCGUGAGCAUGUGUCAGGUGGGAGAGGACUACGGAGAGCCAGCUCCCCGGGAGCCGCCCCCGGCGCCGCGGCCUAGCCGUGAGCACAAGUGUGUGAAGUGCAAGGAAGCCCAGCCGGUGGUGGUGAUACGAGCUGGAGAUGCCUUCUGCAGGGACUGUUUCAAGGCCUUCUACAUCCACAAGUUCAGAGCCAUGCUGGGCAAGAACCGGCUCAUCUUUCCAGGCGAGAAGGUGCUCUUGGCGUGGUCUGGGGGGCCUUCGUCCAGCUCCAUGGUCCGGCAGGUCCUUGAGGGCCUGAGCCAAGAUUCUGCCAAGAGACUGCGUUUCGUGCCGGGCGUCAUCUUCAUUGAUGAAGGAGCAGCCUGUGGCCGGAGCCCAGAGGAGAGAGCGAAGACCCUGGCUGAAGUGAAACCUAUCCUGCAGGCUAUUGGGUUCCCGUGGCACGUGGUGGCCUUAGAGGAGGUGUUCAGCCUGCCACCGUCGGUGCUGCGGUGUUCUUCCCAGGAGCCAGCGGCUCCCGACGGGGCCUACAAGGCAGCCGUGGACAACUUCCUCCAGCAGCAGCAUGUGCUGGGGGCAGGGGGCGGGCCUGGCCUGGCUCAUGGGGAGGAACCGCUGCCCCAGCCCCGUGCCCAGUCCGCGUGGGACCUCCAGAGUCUGGUGAGACCACCUGCUGCUGCCCAGACUGAGGCUCUUUCCCACCUGUUCUGCUCAGUGAGGACACUGACGGCCAAGGAGGAGCUUCUGCAGACCCUGCGGGUCCACCUGAUCCUGCACGUGGCCCGAGCUCACGGCUACUCCAAGGUCAUGACUGGGGACAGCUGCACCCGCCUGGCCAUCAAGCUCAUGACCAACCUGGCGCUGGGUAGAGGGGCCUUCCUGGCUUGGGACACGGGCUUCUCCGAUGAGCGGCACGGGGACGUGGUGGUGGUACGCCCCAUGCGGGAGCACACCCUGAAGGAGGUCGCCUUCUACAACCGGCUGUUCUCCGUCCCUUCUGUCUUCACGCCAGCCGUCGACACCAAGGCCCCUGAAAAGGCCAGCAUCCACCGGCUGAUGGAGGCCUUCAUCCUCCGGUUGCAGAUCCAGUUUCCCUCCACCGUCAGCACUGUGUACAGGACAAGUGAGAAGCUGGCAAAGGCCCCCCGGGACGGCCCUGCCGCCGGCACCUGUGGCCCUCGCUGUCUGCUGUGCAUGUGCACCCUGGAUGUGGACACCGCUGACAGUGCCACGGCUUUUGGGGUUCAGACCGCCUCACAUCUCUCUCAGAUCCAGUCGCCCACCCCCCUAACUGAGACCGGGACACCCCAGGGGCUCUGCUGUUCUCCCGGGGGGGCCUCCAGGAGGGAGGACCCCCAAGCCUGCAUUGCGGAGCAGCUGUGCUACGGCUGCCGUGUGAACAUGAAGGACUUGCCCUCGCUGGAGCCCCUGCCGCCGUAUAUCCUGGCCGAGGCCCAGCUCCGAACCCAGAGGGCCUGGGUUUUGGCAGAGCUCCGGGACUGUCUGAUUGAGGACAGUGAGGAUGAGGUGGGCCAGAGCUGAGGACAUGCUCGCUGGGACAGCAGGCGCCAGGUGCAGGGUCCACCAUGCUGCGGCCGGAAGGCAAGGACGGGGUCUGCCUCUGAGUGUCCCUUUGUAUAAAUAAAACCUUUUUAAUUAAAAAACUCUACAGUAUGCGUGGGGGACAGCAGUGCCACGCAGGCCAUGGGGACGCAGUGUCCUCUGACAGCAGCAUCAGGGCUCAGGCAGGCCGGGAGGAUGUGUCACAGCUGGCAGCCAUGGACGGGGCAGCAGCUCCCCCGGCCCUAGGAGUGCCACCCGCUGUGGGGCCGUGCGGGCCAGCAGCAGCUCCUACUCCUUCUCACGAGUCCACUUGAUCAUGGUCUCUGGCGAGCGGUAGAGGAAGAUGAGCUUGGCGUACAGCUCCUCCUCCAGCUCCAGCUCCCGGGUCUCACGCACCAGGAAGAUGUCCUGGCAGAGCUUGAGGAUGCGGUCCACGCAGGGCAGCUCCUCAAACAUGAUGGAGUGCGAGAUCUCACUGAAGAAGCCACGCACGAACUUGCCGAUGACCAGCACGAUGGACACGUACAGCCCCAUUAUCCUGUGGGGGGAGCCGGUGAGUGCCAGGGCCACCCGGAGCCCUCCAGAGCUGCAGGGCGCCCCCCAGCCCUACACUCACCCAUAGCCAGCCAGGAAGCCGAGGCUCGGUGGGCUGACCUUGUCACUGAAGAUGACCAUGGGCAGCAGGUUGCAGCCGGCCUGGCAGUCCUCCAGCUCAAUGACCCACCACUCGAGGAAGCCAGUGGCCCCUGGGCCCCGCUCCCUCCGCAGCUGGAGACGCACGCCGAGGUAAUCGGCCUCCUCAUCUGGAGUGGAGCCGGGAGACGGCUGGGCUGCAGUCCCACUCCCUGUCCCCCCCCAGCCCUGUGCCCCUACUCACUGGGCUGUGCCCCCUUCCCUGUCCCCCCCCAGCCCCGUGCCCCCACUCACUGGGCUGCAGCUGCUUCACGGGGUUGGCUUCGGGCCCGUUGGGGGCACGGAUGUACUUGGGGAAGAGGUUGGGGAUGACCCUGCAGGGAGGUGGGAACAGGUCAGGCCUGGCCCUGCCUUUCUGUCCAGUGACCACCCGGGGCCCUUGACUCACACAGACUUGUCCGAGGUGCCCUCCAGCAGGCUGGCCAGCUGGUGCCGCUCAGUGCUGUUGGGGGCCAGGGCCAGCAUGUGCUUCUCAUUGGCGUAUUCCACGGUGCCUCCCUUAGCCAGAUCCCUGUGGGCAGAAACACAGCAUGACCCAGGGCCGUGGGUCCAGCCCCCCAGGCCAUGCCCCCAGCCCGGGCCACACCUCUGGAAGUUCCAGGUGAAGCGCAGGGUGAUGUCGGCCGUGCCAUCGUACAGUUCCCGCUUCAUCUGGGUGCGGCUUGGUGGGCUGAUCCGCCACAGGGCCCCGGAACUGCCCUCGAUCUGCGCCGUGACUAUGUCCUCGGGGCUGUACUGGCUGAUGAACUGCAUGGCCAGCUGGGUGCAGGUGCCACCCUCAGUGACUGCAGCCUCCUCCCCCACCCCACCAGGCUGUCACAGGGCAGAGGCCACUUACCGGGUAGGGGUCAAACUGCCGGGACAGUUCCUCAUAGGCCUGGGGUGUGAAGGGGAUGAUGGACGGCUGCUGGGCACUCAUGGUGAACAGUGGCUGGAGGCACAGGGCCGUGAAGAUGAACGAAUGGGCAGCGAGGGCUGGCACCGCCUUGGCCAGAACCCCUGGGGCAUGGGAAUGGACAGGCGGGCGAGUGCAGGCUCACCUCAUAGCCGCCCAGCUUGAGGGUGACGGUGACAUCGAUGGGCUGGUUCACCACGCCCACCACCGAGCGUACCAGCGACAUGAAGAGCAGGGGGAACCAGAUGAUGGCGAUGAGGAAGAGGAUGAUGAGGCCGCCCAUGCCGUACUUGACGAUCUUCUUCUUCUUCUGCCCUUUGGGCUGCGGGUAUUUCUGGAGGGGACGACACAGGACAUCCACUGAGUUCCGCCCUUCCUGCAGAUCACAGACCAGUCUCCAGCUCUCCCAGCAGCCCACAAGGCCACAGCCUGACUUCGGCAUGGCACAGCUGGAACAGUGCGGAGCAGCAGCUGCUCGUGAUGUAAGACGCCGCCACACAGCACCAAGGGCACGGGCGCACACGUGUACACCGCGGUGCCUGCCAGCAGCAUGGGAAACAGCCCCUCAGUCCAUCCACAGAUGAACAGGUUGUAGUGCAUCCCUACCUCGGAAUGUCAUUUGCCCAUGAAAGGGAAGGCCGUGCUGCCACGGGGUGAACCUCAAAAACUGCAGAAUGGGGAGAGCCGGUCACAGAAGGACAAAGGCUAGCUGAUCGUGUUUUCAUGAAAUAUCCGUAACAGGCAAAUCCAUGUAGAAACAGGAAGUAGAUGAGGGGUUACCAGGGUCCGGGGAGGGGGAAACGGAGUGAGAGCCAGUGGGCACUUGGUUUCUUUUGACUUUCUAGAGACAGAGUCUCACACUGUUGUCCAAGUGUGAUGAGGCUUCAUGCAGCGUCACCACCUGGCCUCAAGCCCUCCUACCUGAGCCUCCAGAGUACCUGGGAGCACAAGUGUGCACCGUCACACCCAGCUGUUGGUUUUUUUGUAGGGGAGGUCUGGCUCUGUUGCCCAGGUUGGUCGUAACCUCCUGGCCUCCCAGACUGCUGGGACCACAGGCAUGAACACCACAGCCGGCUGAUUUUAUUUUUACAUUUGCUGAGGUGGGUCUCACUGCGUUGUCCAGGCAGGUCUUGAACUCCUGGCCUUGAGCAGUCUUCCCUCCUCCAUCUCUUAAAGUGCUGGGAUUACAGGUGUGAGCCACUGUGUUUGGCCCUGCGUUUCUUUUUAAAGUGGUGAAAAUACUCUAAAGUUGAUGUUAGUGGCAGAUGGCCGUCUGUGAAUAUACUAAACACACCUGAAUUGUACAUUUUAAAUGGCUGAAUGGGCUGAUGCAUGAAUUUUCUCCCAAUAAAGCCAUUAAACAAGAA